AUGUCGGAAGUUGAAAUCAUGGAGGACAUCAGCAAAUACGAGAGUCGCAUCAUCAUCUACCACCCAGAAUCAUCGUUCCCAUACCUGGAAGCAGCCAUUCGUAAGUGGUUGUACUGCGAGCUUAGUGGCUGGCUAAACUACUAUCUGCCGUACGAUCCCCCAAUAAACUACUUCGCGACUCACACAGUGCCUCUGCUACCUCCUGAAGGCCUUGACGCCGGGUACGAGGACGAUGUUCUGAAUGAACCCGGACUUACUUUGGUCUACAUGACAGAUCUACCUCUGCCAGGGCGGCAUUGUCAGAAUAUCACAUGUCUGGUCGACAAUGAUGAGCAGACAGUGACGCUCAACAUCCCACAUACUGCAAAGAGAGCAAGCAAUAUUGACCAGAGCGAUGGAUGGUGGCUCUACCACUCUGAUGGGCCCGACAUCUGGUGGGAUGGGCUUAGGAUGAAGUUUGACGAUGAGGGGGAGUGUGCUGUUGCGGAGAGAAACAACUUCGAUGGGACUAGAUCUCAAUUCAGGGCGAGUGAGUUCUCGCGAUUGUAUAGGACUGUGAUCAGAGCUGUAACCUAUCAUACCGCCAGGCCAUCAGAGGAACCUGAUAGCUCGUACCUGCAGAUAUAA